GGAGGCGCGCAGGGAGGGCGGGGCGGGGAAGGGGGAGUGUCUGCUCGUGGCAGCCGGGCCGCCGCCGCCGCUCCCGCUGCCGUCGCCCCGGUAGAGGAGUUCGCUGGGUCCCCGCGCUCGGAACCGGCCCCGACUUCCCGCCGGUGCUCAGGGCAUCCGCGCCGGGAGCGCUCGCCGCUCUGACCCGUGCAGAAGUGGGAGUCGCCUCUGCCCGUGGAGCGGCGGGGCGGCCCCAGCCCCAGCCCCCAUUCCCCUCCCUGACCCCUUCUUCCCCUCGCCCCAGGCAUGGGGAACGCGGCGACCGCCAAGAAAGGCAGCGAGGUGGAGAGCGCUUGCUCCUCUCCAGAAGUAUCUGUGAAAGAGUUUCUAGCCAAAGCCAAAGAAGACUUUUUAAAAAAAUGGGAAAAUCCUGCUCAGAAUAAUGCCGGGCUGGAGGAUUUUGAAAGGAAAAAAACCCUUGGAACAGGUUCCUUUGGAAGAGUCAUGUUGGUGAAACACAAAGCCACUGAGCAGUAUUAUGCCAUGAAGAUCCUAGAUAAGCAGAAGGUUGUUAAACUGAAGCAAAUAGAGCAUACUUUGAAUGAGAAAAGAAUAUUACAGGCAGUAAAUUUUCCUUUUCUUGUUCGACUGGAGUAUUCUUUUAAGGAUAAUUCUAAUUUAUAUAUGGUUAUGGAAUAUGUCCCUGGGGGUGAAAUGUUUUCACAUCUAAGAAGAAUUGGCAGGUUCAGCGAGCCCCACGCCCGGUUCUAUGCAGCUCAGAUAGUGCUAACGUUUGAGUACCUCCACUCACUAGACCUCAUCUACCGAGAUCUAAAACCUGAAAAUCUCCUAAUUGACCACCAAGGUUAUAUCCAGGUCACAGACUUUGGGUUUGCCAAAAGAGUUAAAGGCAGAACUUGGACAUUGUGUGGCACUCCAGAAUACUUGGCUCCAGAAAUAAUCCUCAGCAAGGGCUACAAUAAGGCAGUGGAUUGGUGGGCAUUAGGGGUGUUAAUCUAUGAAAUGGCAGCUGGCUACCCCCCAUUCUUUGCAGAUCAACCAAUUCAGAUUUAUGAAAAGAUUGUUUCUGGAAAGGUUCGAUUCCCAUCGCACUUCAGUUCAGACCUGAAGGACCUUCUACGGAACCUGCUGCAGGUGGAUUUGACGAAACGGUUUGGAAAUCUGAAGAAUGGUGUGAGUGACAUCAAGACUCACAAGUGGUUUGCCACAACAGAUUGGAUUGCUAUUUACCAGAGGAAGGUUGAAGCGCCAUUCAUACCAAAGUUCAGAGGCUCUGGAGAUACCAGCAACUUUGAUGACUAUGAAGAAGAAGAUAUCCGCGUCUCUAUAACAGAAAAAUGUGGAAAAGAAUUUAGUGAAUUUUAAAGAUGAGCAACGAGAUGACAGCAGAGCUCACGCUCAGUCUUUGCACUCUGUUGGGAGAAAAGGUGGAGCUGAGACCGUCCUUGUUGAAGCAGUUACCUAGUUCCUUCAUUCCAGCGACUAAGUGAGGUCUUUAUUGCCAUCAUCCGUGUGUGCACUCCGCGUCCUCCUAUGUAACCAGGCACCGCUAAGCAAGCAUUGUCUGUGCCAUAACACAGAACUAGACACUUUCCUGCUUCUCUUUGGUUUGUCUUUCUCCUCCCACCCCUACCCCACCCCCCCCCACACACACACACCCAUUUUUCCUUUUUUUCCUUUUCAUUAGUCCUUCUCCAAACAGUGCUCCAUUUUAUUUUGUCGGUGUUUCAAAUGGGCAGUGUUAUGGCUAUGUGAUUUUGGAAGGGAAGGAUAAGUGUUGCUUUUAGUAGUUCUUGUCAGUAUUUUUGUUGGUCACUGGCUCGAGCAUAUACUGUCCAAUAAUUAUUUUACUUUGAGUAGCUCAGACUCAGUUUUGCCAGAACUCUUGACAAUUUUUGAAGACAGAAUAUUUUAUCACCAAGGAAAUGUGUACAAAUUAAAACAGUAACUUUCUUAAAACACACUGUUCUGGCAAUAAAUUUGGAUAGACUAAUAUAGAGUAGCUAGACCCAGAAAUAUGGAAUCCUAUAGAUCUAUUUCCCCUCACCUCUUUUUUAUCAUCCUCCCCUUAAGUGUCCAGCCUGUGUAGUGUGACAGGUGUCUCAUUCACAGGCAAAACCAAUGACAUGGGUUAUCGACACCCAGAUUCUCUCCCUUGGUAUCAGCGUUUCUGUAGUAUUAGAGAAGAGUUUUAGGACUUCUAAACCUUGGCUCUUCCGUAAGGGUUUUAGCCAGUAUUUUAAUAGAACAUGACUAAUGAAAGUGACAGAAUUUUAAGUUUUUCAAAGAAGUCCUCAUUGUAAACUAUUUUAAAGGAAAAGAAGCUAAAAAGAACGUUAAUGGGAACAGAUACUUUGCUAAAUCAAACAAAUGGCUUAAUUUUUGUAAACACUAUAGACACACUUUUAUUUAAAUGCGGUUUUUCAUUUGUUUUUGCUUUGCUAUGUUUUGCCACAGUGAAGAAGAAAGGAAGUUGUUCAGGGUAUUAUUCUGGUGUACUAUAUUUGUCAGCCUGAAGUAGAGGCACUGUGGCAACUUUGGCUUUUAUCCUCUGCUUCAUCAAGGAGGAAAGGGUCAAACUUUAUAAAAUGGCCACCAUUGUAUUUUAAUUUUGAGUUGUGAUGUUUUCAGAUAUGUAAUGAUUUCCAGCCUGUUUUCUUUCAGUAAAGAGAAUGUGUGAUCAUGCAGGUACAGUUUUAGCGUUGGAGUUUAGUUUUUUUUAUAUACUCUUUUGCCAACCGACUUAACAAUGUUGUGGUCAUGUGGAAAUUUCAAGCACUUUUGCACAUUUAGUUUAGUGUUUGUUGAGAAUUCAUGGCUUAACUCAGUUUUUUAAAUAGCUUUUUUGUUUGCUUUUAAAAUUUCCCAUCUGGUUUUCUCUCUGUCGGUGACCUAUCAUAAAACAACACACCCAAAUAGCUGAAAAUAAACUGUGCUCAUUUUUUAUGAUCAAUUUACGUGCAUAUAAGAGUUGUUUUCAGUCAAACUGAUCGUAAUGUAUAUAAGCAUUCUAUUUGCUUCAUUAUCGGUGCAGGUAGGUCACUGACUCUGCUUCUUUUCAUCUCUGCCACCCCCUUGUGAGACCUUUGUAGACACUGGGAAAGCCUGUCUGAGGUGUUCUCUGGCUCAAUCUGUACAUCUUUUGGUUGUCAAGUGUUUCUGCAUGGUUAUGUCAUUUACAGGCUGAUCCUGAUUUCAGCUUUCUGUCCACCUAUAUAUAAAAUGUGCAAGAAAAAUAUGAACUACUUUGCUGUAGCAAGUUUGCUGUAACAAAAAUAUAUCAUCAUGUUAAUAAACUUAUAAAACGUCGUUUGUAUAAAAUAUUUUAAUUGGUGUUUUUGUAUUUCAUUUAGGCCCAAGAACAUGCUGAUCAUUGUAUUCUAUAUGGAUGCUACAAAUUCUAUGGUAGCUUUGUUGUAUAUUAUUGUAAAAUUAUUUUAAUAAAUCAUGGGGAUGACAAUUUGAUUAUUACAUUUUAGUUUUCAAUAAUUCAAAAAAUUUCUAUGAAUUCUAAAAAUAUUUUUUUUUAAUGAAAUUGCUAUUGUCCAACACAACCCUCUGUAGAAUCUAUCUGGGUAGUUGACCCAUAGGCAGUACAUUAUGGGUUUGAGAGCUAUGUAGCCAUUACAUUUCACUCUCUAUUUAAAGGACAUGAGCAAACUUUUAAAUAUAUCACGGGAGUCUAUUUCCAACCAAUCAAGUACACUAAAUUAGAAUAUCUUAAAAUUAUACAAAAUUCUCAGUUUCUGCCACAAUUUAGCCAAAAACAAUAUAAAAAUUUGAAUAAGAAGUAAGUGGCAGGAAUCAGUAUUUAACCUCAAAUUGCAUUAUUUGAAACAGAAGAAAUUAUGCUUUAAUUCGGUAACGAGUAAGAAGAUGGCAUGUGAGCCCUAGACUGGAAGUCAUGACGUUGGAGUUUCAGGCCCGGUCUGUCACUAUCAGCAUGACCUUGGCCUCAGUUCUCUUAUCUCUAAAAUGUAAGAGUUCCAUUAGGCAGUUUCUAAGGUCCCUUCUAACUUUCACAGGUGAUAAGAUUCGUCUUAUGACAUUUUGAAGGGAUAGCAUGGUUUGACAUUAAUCUGACAUUAAGGUGAUCUUUUCAGGCGUCUUUCUUCUUCUUAUCUCUUACAACUCUUGGAAUAUCAUGUCUAUUGAUAUUGAGAACCUCGUGUCUAUUCGGAUUCCCUCCUUCACUGAUGCCAAAUAUCCAAUUGAUAUCAAACUGUCAACCUACACAAAAAAAGAUAUUGUGGCUUGUGGGUAUCACUAUCAUGUUUUUGAUAUGUUCAUGUAUUGAUUGCCCAUUGGCCUGAAAUACUCAUUAUAAGCUUGAAGAAAAAAAUCAUUUUUUCUUUCCCACUGAUUGUUUUUUUUUCUGCUUAGUGUAAGAAUCAAAUGAAAUAAUGUAUGUGAAAGCACCUUGUAACCUGUAACCUAUCAAUGUAAAAUGUUAAGGUGUAUUGUUAUUUCUUCACUUCUUUGUUUCGAAUGGAAUUUCCUACGCACUACUGUAGCUAGGAAAUGCUGAAAACAACUGUGUUUUUUAAUUAAUCAGUAACUGUAAGAUUAAAGUAUCUUCAAAGGAUAAAACAA